CUCCGCCGCAAUGAAGCGCGAGGGCUUGGAGACCCCGCCGCCGCCGGCGAAGCACCCAAAAAAUUCAAGCCCCACAAGUGCCACCCCCAUCCACUCCCUCACGGACGACCUCCUGCUCCAGAUCUUCCUCCGCCUUCCCUCCCUCGCGACGCUCGUCCGCGCCGCCCUCGCCUGCCGGGCUUGGAGCCGCGCGGUGGUCUCCUCCCCGGCCUUCCGCCGCCGCUUCCGGGAGCUCCACCGGACGCCCCUCCUCGGCUUCUUCUUCGAGUGCCCUAGCCCCGUCCAAGACCCGGCCAUCCCGCUCUUCCCCUCAUUCGUCCCCGUGCGCCGCCGCGAAGGGGACCUGUCCAUCGCCGUCCGCGGCGGCGACUUCUUCCUCACAUGCCUCCAGGAGCACCCCAUCAAGUCCCAGUCCUGGGACAUUCUCGACUGCCGUGGCGGGUACGUCCUCCUCUGUAAUGAUGGCCAACCAGGUGCGCAAGCAAUGGCGGUGGUGAAUCCCUUGGCGCGACAGUGCCGGUCAGUAGACUAUCGCCAUGUGGACGCCUUGGAAGGUCGCCGUGGGACUUUCUUUGAUCUCAACGGCUACUUGCUCUGCUCGGAGGAGGACCCCGCAUCGUUUCGGGUGGUCCUUAUUGCCCACGACGAGUCCAGGGUGCGGGCUACUGUCUUCUCCUCGGACACAUGUGAGUGGCAAAUUCACCCGUGGGUUGAUGUCCCAGGGCCACCACGGGGAUCAGAAAGCUGGCUUCUGAAGUGCACCAUGCAAUCAAAUGGGUUCUUGUAUAUGGUUUACAAGAAUGACGGGUAUAUGGUCACGCUUAACACGGCGACAAUGGAGUUCUCUGCUGAGGAGCUCCCUCAAUUGUUGAAGAAUGAACGCUGCAGCUUCAGUGUCGGAGAAACAAUCAAUGGUGCGCCCUGUAUUGUUUAUGCUAUUGGCUUCACUGUUGGUGUGAUGUUGAGCAGCACAGAUGUGGAUGGCACUAAGAAGUGGAUGCUGGACAGGGUCACUAGGUUUCGUUGGAAUCAGAAGUGCAUGUAUGACGGGCUCCUGGUUCUGGCAGUCAGGGAUGGCUUUGCGUACUUGGCAACUUCAAACAAGACCUGUUUUUUCGCGAAAUCAAGUUGGUUCUGGUCCCUCUGCCUGCAAACAAUGAAAGUGGAGAAUGCGUUUCAGAGGACAUAUGGCACUGUUGCAUACCCCUAUGUUAUGGCAUGGCCUCCUUGUUUAGUUGGUAACAAUGGGAGGUCUGCACUUGAUGAUGGUAUGUAGUGCAUUAAGUGCCUUCAAAGUAGGGAGGAGAUGAUAUAAAUUAGGGCAAGGGGCUAUAGAGUAUAAGCUGCUUGCUAAACCAAUAUUAGUUUUUUUUGGGGCUAUAGAGUAUAAGCUGCUUGCAGAAACUAUGAAAGAUGACUCGAGCCAUUGCUAGCUAGUUUCAUGUAACUUACAAAAUUAGUGAUGCAUAAGUUUUCAUAGCGCAAGGAGAUCGAUUAUAGAUCAGAACCCAUAUUGUAAGCUGUACUGUAUAAGAUCGUACGUCUUUUAUGCAUUCUUCAGGCACCUAUGACACUGAUUGUUUGGCUUUCUAUAGAUGUUGGGUACGUUGAGCUUU